AUGCCAAUCUUAUACAACCCUCGUAGCCGCCGGCUGUUUGAAUCAGCGCCUUGUCCGGCAGACUGCAUUAUUCCCACCGGCGACCCUGAUGCCUAUGGACUUUACCCUGAAUUCCGCUGGGUGUGUAAUAAGCUCGCCAUUGCCGAGCUACAAGGAAUCAAAUGCGGUCCUCACAAGACUCGUCCUGGCGACGACUUGUUUCCUAUAUUCAGCAAGCCUAUCUACAACCUCGGAGGCAUGGGUGCCGAGGCACGGGUUAUCAAGACACAGGAUGACUACUGGCGCUCUGUCACCGCCGGCCACAUGUGGUCUGCUUUAUUGACGGGCGAGCACUACAGCACAGACAUUGCCGUGGUGUCUGGGAAGCCGGUCUGGUUCUCGCAUACGAGGGGAUUUCCUGGCCCAGAUCAAACAUGGGACUACUGGGAGAUCAAUAUCCAGGUUGGCGGUGGUCUAGAGGAGUAUAUCACCGGCUUCAUCGAGAAGCACCUGUCUGGAUAUACCGGAAUGCUGAACAUGGAAACGAUUGGGGGAAAGAUCAUCGAGGUGCAUUUGCGAUUAUCGCCCCAGUGGGCGGAUGUAUAUGGAUCGUGGUUUCUGACCUCCCUGGUGGAUCUGUAUUGCGGCGAAGGAUGGACAGGGCCUUCGUUUACCGAGUCGAAGAUGCAAACUGGGUACAGUGUGGUAUUGUUCGACGAUGUCGAGUAUGCCAAAGUCGGGACAGCCCUGACACUGGAUUAUUUACGACAGAUGGAGGCUGCUUUCGGUGUGAGCAGUAUUACGAUAGGGUAUAAUGCAGCAAUGCCACUGGAGACUUAUUUCUAUCCACCCGGUGGGUUUAGAAUUGCGUGGAUUAAUGGGUUUGAUCUGGACAAGUGCAAGUUGGCAAGAAGGACGCUCCAGAUGCAUUUGCACAAGCUGUAUAGGAGCCAAUUUACUUCAGCUCGAACGGUGGCAUUGAGAGUCUUUUACUGGGAAUGGAGAGUCAUUUGA